AUGGCGGACAGUCUUUACGGCGUGAAGCCAGCCUCGAAGACCAAGGCCAAAGAGAUCUCAUCCUCCACGUCCCUCGCAUUUUCCACGAAUCUAGCGUCACUAAUCUCCAGCUCGUCCUCGGCCAAAUCCAAGGUCACCGCAGGCCGACCGCGACACUCGAAGGACAAGUCCGACAUCUUCACAGCCCACAAUAAGAAUGUCAAGAAGCGGUCCGCGGCCGACCUCGAAGAUGGGGAACAGCGCCACAAGACCAAAGACGACAUCGGCUCGGUGGAUGCGGCAGAACUGCAUCGGUCCAAGAGGAAGAUGGAGGACAAGGUCCGACUAUACAAUGCGAUGAAGCGAGGCGAAUACAUUGGCAAAGAGGGCUACGACGACCGCGCGCUGGUGGAUUUCGAUCGGAAAUGGGCCGAAACCCAAGCGCUCGGCCAGCGGGAUGAUGACGAUGACGAUGGUUCUGGCUCGGACGAUGCUGGCACAGACGAAGAUGAGCUGGUCGAGUACUUCGACGAGUUUGGCCGGCUGCGGAAAGGCACCAAGGCGCAAGCUGCCCGAGAAGAAAGGCUCAAGCGGAUGCGAGCCAACCUCGCCGAAGAAGAGGAGCGUCUCUCCGCGAGGCCCUCCGCGCCUUCCAAUGUCAUCCAUGGCGACACCAUCCAGCAUGCGGCUUUCAAUCCGGAUCAGAUCAUCGCUGAUCGUAUGGCCGAUCUUGCGAAGAAGAGAGAUAAAUCUGCAACUCCUCCUCCGGAUACACACUUCGAUGCCCACGCUGAGGUCAGGGCCAAGGGCACCGGCUUCUACGCGUUUAGUCAGGAUGCGGAAGAGCGCAAGAAAGAAAUGGAGGCUCUGGAGAGGGAAAGAGAAGAGACGGAACGAGUUCGAAAGGAAAGAGAGGAGAAAAAAGAGCAACGAAGGAAAGAGAUCGAAGAGCGUCGGAAGCUGAUCGCCGAGCAGAGGGCCAAGGCUCAAGCAGACAAGUUCUUGGACUCUCUGGAUAUUGAAGGUGUGUGA